UCUGCCACGGAGGACUAGCCUCCGCCUCUGGCUAGCGCGGCCUCCCGGUUGCCAUAGCGAUCACUUCCUGGUCCACGUCGAGGGAGGCCCGAUGGCAGCCCCGGAGCCUUCGGCGGACCUAGAGGAGGCGAGCCUGUUGGCAUGGCUGUUCCGCGGGGCGACCUCGCCGCUGCCUCCGCCCCUGGCGGCGGGGGACGCGGAGCUGGCGACCUACCUGGCGGCGCUGGCGGGGCUGGGCCUGGAGGCCUUGCGGAGGGAACCCGGCCGGUUGGCGGAGGAGCGAGCCCAGCUCGGGGCGCAGACACGGGCCUUGGCCUUCGCCCACUACAAGACCUUCAUCCGCUCCGCGGAAUGCACCGCUGAGACGCGUCGGGGCUUCGGUGGCAUCGAGCAGGGCCUCGACCGCCUCUUGGGCCGCCUCCCACCCUUCUCCGAGGCUUGCCGGAACUUCAUGCAGGAGGCUGAACAGAUCGCCCAGAACCGCCGUAUGAACAGCCUGACCCUGAACCUCCACACAGAGAUCCUGGAAGUGCUGGAGAUCCCCCAGCUGAUGGACACCUGCGUCCGCAACAGUUACUACGAGGAGGCCCUGGAGCUGGUGUCCUACGUCCGCCGCCUGGAGAAGAAGCAUGCCACCAUCCCUGUCAUCCAGGGCAUAGUGGCAGAGGUGCGCCAGUCCACACAGCUCAUGCUUACACAGCUGAUCCAGCAGCUUCGCACCAACAUUCAGCUGCCAGCCUGCUUGCGCAUCAUUGGCUACCUUCGCUGCAUGGAUGUCUUCACUGAGGCUGAGCUACGAAUUACUUUCCUGCAGGCACGGGACAUCUGGCUACGUUCUAUCCUUGCUGCUGUUCCUGGUGACGACCCCUAUGUGCAUAUUACCAAGACCAUUGAGGCCUGCCGCGUGCACCUCUUUGACAUUGUCACGCAGUACCGUGCCAUUUUUGCUGACGAGGAGCCGCUGGUGCCUCCCCCUGGGCAGGACACCCUCAAUGAAAGUGCCAUCUUCCAUGGGUGGGUCCUGCAGAAGGUCUCCCAGUUCCUGCUGGUGCUUGAGCAUGACUUGCAACGUGGUGUGGGCAGCCGCCUUGACUCCCUGCUGGGCCAGUGCAUGUACUUUGGCCUCUCGUUCAGCCGUGUUGGAGCAGACUUCCGGGGCUUGCUCAUCCCCAUAUUUCAGCGGGUGGCACUGGUCACCUUCAAGAGAGCCAUGCAGGAAGCUGUGAACAAAUUCCAGGAGGAGAUGAACUCCUACACGCUAAUCUCUGUGCCGGCUGCUUUGGGCAGCAGCAGCAGCACCACCAUCCCUGUAGCAGUGGCUCCUUCUGCCCAGCCAGGCACUCUGCAGCCCCCCAUGGUGCUGCUAGAUUUCCCACCACUCGCCUGCUUCCUCAACAACAUCCUGGUAGCCUUCAAUGACCUGCGCCUCUGCUGCCCUGUGGCUCUUGCCCCAGAUGUGGCAGCUACCCUGGAGGAUGCACUUGGCCAGGUGACCAAGGUCAUUCUGGUUUUCCACCGGGCAGAGGCUGUGGCCUUCAGCAGCCGAGAGCAAGAACUGUUCAUUCACUUCUGCAUGGCAUUUCUGGAAGACUUGGUGCCCUACCUCAACCGUUGUCUGCAGCUCCUCUUCCCCCCAGCACAAAUUGCACAGGCUUUGGGUGUUCCUCCAACACAGCUGCACAAAUAUGGCAGUCUUGGCUGUGUGGAUGAGCAGCUGAUUCAGGAGCUCCUGGCCUCAGUCCUGCCAGAGAAAGAGACUGUCUAUCCCUUGUCUGAGGAGAAAAGGCUGACUGAAGAAAGCCUAGCACCUCCUCCAUUGGACUUGGAACUCCCUGAUGCCAAGCAGGAAGCAGAUCCCAUCGGGGAGCAGUUUAGCUGGCCGGCAAGUGGCUGGGCAGCCCGUAUCAUCCAGCAUGAGAUGGACCAUAUGCAGGGUGUGUUGUAUAUUGACAAGAUGAACAGCAGGACUUUUGCGAAUCUGCAGUGGGAACAGCUAAACGAGUAAAGCAGGACUGGGCCGGGGGGGGGGGGUAGAGAUAGACCGCUUUUUCUCUGCCUGCUGUUUGUAAGUACUGUAUGUCCAAACCAGUGAAAGGGACAAUAGAAAGAGAAGGUGGGCACUUCCAAGGUGAGGGGGGGGUUCAAUGAUAUUUUUACUGUUUGUCAUCUUCUUUACUUUCCCUAUUUGUGGCAUGAGGAGUGGAAGCUGGGCAGGUAAGCUGGGCAUAAGCAUGCCCUUCUCCCACCCCACAUGGUGCUGCAGGAGUUUAGGGGGCGGGGGAUACUAAGAAAGCAGAAGCAGAAGGGUAGCAAUCCAGUAUCUUUCAACUACUGCAUGGCAUUCUCUUGGCCAGUGCACUGUAUAGCAGCUUGAAGGAAAAUGGCUUUGUCCAAUUUCAGCCAGUGAAAGCUCCAAACAGAGCCCCUCCAAACCAACCCUGAACAACUUGAUCAUCUACUAAUGGGGCCUCUCUCCAGCAGCUCAUGUGGGGGGGAGGGGAAAUUCAAUAAGAAAAAGCAAGGCUGAUCCUGUGAGAUGGCCUUCUCCAACUCCUACCUUGACUAGUGAAGUAGGCUAACAUGCGGGAAGGUGGGCAAACACUUGUUAAAAGCAACAGACACCAACUAAAACUUCAUAGCAAUUCACAAUAAAAAGGCAUUGACCACCUCUUCACCUGUAAUACCUCGCCAUGUUUUACUUCACAACAUAAUAUGUAACUGUAUUUUAGUAAUGUUUUAAGUUGUCUGUUCUUGCUUCAGUCUUCUGUACACCACUUACAGAUAUUUUUAACAGAUUAAGCAGUAUAGAAAUUAAACAAUCAACUCAUAAUCUGUAAAGAGAUUUACAGAUUUACAGAUUAAGUGCACCCACAACCCCCUCCUAGCUAGCUGAAUUGUGCACACAGAGCUGCUGCCCUCAACGCUCUAGCGCCUUCAGCUUGUAGGGAUAUGGAUCACAUCUGUGGUGUGGGAAGGAGAUAAGACUAAGCAGAACAAAGGAGACUACCUUUUCCUUCAUCUCCUGUGGAGAAACUGUGAAACAAAUUGUACCA